AUGAGACUUUCAAGUGCCAUUUUUGCCAGUGUUUACGCCGGUUACUACCAACAGUACAACUCGCUGACGUCGGAAGAACGAGAGGAUCGCCGAGUCAUCUGCGAUGCCAAGAUUGAAGAGACGAAAGCAGCGUUCCCAAUCGCCAAUGGGUCCUGGAACUGCCCCGGCCUCGGAUUGACGAGGUCCAAGGUCAAGUGCCACCCAACUUGCGAAAGCGGAUUCAAGCCCGAUUGGACCACAAAGCCUAAGAAGGACGGACCCAGAUUCCUCACCCGCUGCGGUGACCCUGCUACUGUCGCAAGAAAAAAUCUACCUACUGGUACCCAGCUGUCAUGCUCUCCAGUUGACAUUCAUCCCUGCAAGGCAUUAGCUGCCGCGACCAACAUCGAGGACGGUCAGCUGAAGCUCUACGAGACCAUCAACCAGAAACGAGCCGAUUAUUCUCUCGUCUGUGAAGAUGGAACGGUAAACGGUCGAGUCCGCUGCGUCGAAGGAGAGUUCAAAGCGCCAUUUUGGAAUAAGACCAGCUGGGAAACCUCCUGCGUCGGGAAGACAACAACAACAACGACUACUACAACAACGACUUCUACAACAACGACCACGACGGAGGCUGCCCCAUCGUGCACCAAUCCUUGCGACGGACUCAACUACUGCACCACACUCGUGGACGGCUGCGCUAUCAAUCCUUUCCGGAACAACUAUCUCGGCGCUCUUGACGCUACUCUCAGCUACCGAAUCGGAGUCGACGUACUCUGCGACUCAUCGACAACUGGACUUGACGAUAAAUUGCGCAAUAUCGUGCAGAUGGGGCAAUUCGUGAUCUCGCGCCAACCGGACAAGAACACUUACGAGAUCUCCCACAAAGAUCAUAACGGAAGCGGCCACUAUUUUAACUCGGUCACAUUCGACUGCAUCGAGGGCGAAUGGAACUCAUUCGAAGCUGUUCAGACCGAUAACAUGGACGGUUUCGUCAGCUACUCCGUGAAAAUUGACGGCGUUGAGGUUCUUUCAGGAACAUACGAAUCAAUGUACGCACAAGUCUCCGGCAGUUUCCGAGCUUACGCUUCUGACCCAUUCGCCUAUCCUGCGCUGUCCUACAAGGUCAAGAAUUUCUUCUACCAGAAAUGGUACUCUUAA